GCUGGUGAUAUCUUUGGCCUUCCUGCAAAAUAUUUCACCAAUCCUCAAUACGACAGAGUGUCUGUCCCCGAAAUCCGACAGCUACUUGGUGUUACGUCCACUUCAAAUGUGGUCUACAAAACUUUUCCCCCAGUGUUAUUUCCAAAGUUGAUAGAAGACAAGUCGCUUAAGACCGUGUUUGGAAAUUGGGAGCUAUUGGCUCAAAUUUUGAAAGCUUCGUUGUGUGGAGUUGCCUCACUCUAUCAAGAGUCAAGUGGUGGCGGCGCCCAUACUAACUCUCUCAAAUGGAGUGUCCACCAAAUCACGCCAGGGUCAAUAGCGUGGGCGGCAGUAAUCUUUUUACUGUCACCGGACACUGAAUUUUCAAGCAGUGGCACUGGGAAGAAAUCCAACAUCUGUUACUGGAAUCUGUUCCACCUCUACAAGAAAGUCCUUGUAACUAAGUGGGCUACGAAGCGCAUUGCUACCAUUGUCACCAGCAUCAAUCAUUACAUUUUCAAGGCCGCAAAAGCUUCAGCCUUCAAUUCUGCCGAACAAGAUGAUCACGCAGAUGCAAUCAAUCGCGCACUUGCAGUGCUCGAUAUGGACAGUGAUUCUGAAUCAGAUGCCGAGUUGAACAAUUCUGUCGAGGACCCC